CUCUCACAAGGAGACAAAGAUGGGCGGCUGGGCUAUUUUUUGCGCGUUAUGCGGAGGCCCAUUCUCCAGCCAGGUCGACAUGGACUGCGAAGGGACCGACGAAAGAGCCUAUCGCUUCGAUAUCCUCGAGGACUGCAACCUGGAUUGGCUGGACGAACUACAAGCCCUCGGAAUGAACCCCGAUGCUACCGGCAGUGAUAAGUCGUUCCUCACGGGCGUUGGCCGGUACUGGGAUUGUGGUGGAAUCGAAGUCCUUGCUGGGAAUUAUAUCAACACCCCAUUCCCGGCAGAUCAGGUCGUGCCAAUGGUCGCAUACCACGACUUCUCGGAAAUCGGGUUGCCACACGUGUUUCCCUUUCACCCCGUCUGCUACGAGGCCCUGCGGAGAUGCAUCUGCUUGAGGCAGCCAGAUAGUGAGAUUCGGGGGGAUGCGCUGUAUCGCGUAUUCGAAGAAGCCAAUGGUGGCCGGUAUGUCCGGCUGGCACUCGACUAUGGCGACCCGGACCCGCCCGCUGGACAAGUGUGGGAGACUCUGCUAGGACAGGAGAUCCUAGUCGUCAAUCCAGUCGACAUUCCAGAGCUGCAAGCGGAGGUCCGCGACAUCAAGUCCUUGCUGCGGACGAAAGUGGACCGCCGGGGCGAUGAUGAGAUCAAGGGGCAUGCAGGAGACGACAUUUUCAGUCGUCUUCCGAUCGAGUUGCGCCACAAGAUCUUUGAGUACCUCCGCCCAGAAUCAAUCAUGGCUCUCAAGGCGGCUUCGCGCGUAAUGCACACUACGUCGUGCCCAGAUAGUCUAUGGGCUGCGAAGCUUGUCGAGACAUAUCCAUGGCUUUGGGAGUUGCACGAACUCGAUGUUUUUCAAUCACAGGAUCUGGAGGAGAAAACCUUUCGGCUGCUUCGCGCUUGUCGGGGGAAUGGUGCAUCUAGUAGUAAAAGCCAUAGCUAUGUCCUAGGGCUUGCCAACAGGAGAAGAAUCUGGGGAGUCUGCGAGCAACUUCGAAGUCAGUAUGUGGAGAAACUCGCCGUUUAGGCAGGUAUAGACAGGGCCGAGCACAUCUAUGUUAUAUAACAUCAUACCUAGCUUUGAAGAUCUAUGGACUACCAAGGGCUAUGACAAAACAGUGUUGCAUACAGUUGUGACAGUACUGGAGAAUCCAAGUAGUAGUCAGGCUGACAAGUGAAUACAUCUGGUGGGACGG